AUGGAGCCUCCGAAGGAAUCGGUAGCUCAGCGUUACAAAUUCGUUUGGCGUUUUCUUCUCAUUUCUAAUCUUGCUCUUGGUGCGUAUAUGUUUGCCAGGGCAAGAAAGAAAGAUACAAGUGUAGUAGAGGAAACCAAAGCCGCAGCCAAAGUUCCCUCUUCUCCCAUCACGACUGUAGCACCUCCAACUCCUGACGAACCUGUUUUCUCACCUCCCAUCACAGAGCCAGUGAAGGCGCUGCAGCCCAUCCCUGAAGAUGAGCAACGCGAACUUUUCAAGUGGAUAUUGGAAGAAAAGAGAAAGAUCAAUCCCAAGGAUCCUGGAGAGAAGAGGCGUAUUGAUGAAGAGAAAAGGAUUCUGAAACAAUUUAUUCGUGCAGAGUCCAUCCCAAAACUCUGA